UUUCGUGUAGUCGAGGCGCUUUCCCGGGGGUAGUGGUUUAUAGCAAGGGAUGGAGAGAGGCGGGGAAGAGGAGGAGAAGUGUCUUGAAAUUGUUUUUGAUGAGCAGCUUGAUGCCUAGCUUGCAACUAAAGUCAAGGGGAAUUGACGUUGUAGUUUCAAAUUACAACACCCGAUUUUCAACCUGUUUCGGUAGAUAAAGAUAGACGUAUAAUAUCAUGGAGGAAAGUAAAGAUAUCAAAUCUGCACUAAAAGAUGCCAUUGAACGUAUAGAGCGUCUUGAGCAACAGGGUUCAGCAAACACCGUAGAAAAUGCCGUACCAUCAGCGGUCAGGCCCCCGAGGCCAUUCUUGCCAAUGCGGCGUGGUGUGGUCCCACAUACUACUUCGCUAAUUGAUACAAGUAGAAGACCAAACAUUGAAGGAAACAGAGAAGAAGCAGUUAUGCAAGAUUUUAGGAGAGCGUUCCCAAGUCUCGGAUGUGGAGGCUCAAGACAAGCAACUACAUCAAGAAGAAAAGGAAAGUCGCAGCAAUACGUGUUCAUUAAACCCAAAGAAACAUGGACUCGCGACUUCUGUCUCCUUGCAGAGCCAACAGAGGGAAAGACGCCAUGUACGGCAAGGCUACUUAAAUUAAAAGAAGCAGGGAUAGGUAAAAGAAAAGUACGGUUUGAUGACAAAAAUGCAAGUCAUGGCAAAGUUCGGCAAGUCCUGGAGACCGUUUACCCAAAGCUUAAAAGCCAAGCUGGUGCAUUUGAAAUGCUCAGGGCUGACAGGGGUGGCACGAAUUGUGAUUUGAACAUAAUCCCAAUGUCACCAAAUGGAUACAAUUUGCAGCAUUUGAAAGAGAGUGUUGGCGGAAACACCAUAAUAUAUGUAAGACCGAUGCAGUCAAGCCUGUCACUGUCGAAAGUGACCACAGCAACAGAUGAUGCAAUUAGAAGUAAAUGCAGGUACUGUCAUACGGAGGUACCCUUAAUGAACAUGAGAAAACAUCUAGAGGAGUGCAUGGCAGGGGCAGGAGCUUCGUCCGCAGAAGAUCCCAUAAGAGACGUCGAAGACAGCAGCAGUGACGAAGAGGUCUCAGGCAAAAAUGAAGAUGAAAAUGGAGAAAGCAGAAAUGGAAGUUGGAAAUGGGGGUAUGUUGCAAAAGAGAAAGCAAAAAAGGAUGAAUGGAAAGACACUUUAAAACAAAUGUUUCCAGAACACAGUACAAGCCAAAUAAGUUUGGCUGUAAUUGGCAUUUCAUCUAUAGAAGAGGCGGUAUCGGAGCUAUUGGAAACCCCAUCAGAAGAGGCCAGCACAAAUAAACGAAGAAAAUUUUCUUCCAAUGCCUCUUUUGAAACGUUGUUAGAAGAGUUUCGAAAAAACACCGUUUUGCCAGAAUAUGAGGAUAUUAAGAUAGACAGAGAUUCACUAUGGCUAGAUGUUUUGCGAUUUUACAAAAAAAAGGUUAACGACAUUGGUUCAUUAAAGAAAAGUCUAGAAGUUUCCUUCAAAAAUGAGGAAGGUUUAGAUGGUGGAGCCCUGAAGAUAGAGUAUUUUAAUUUGGCCUGGGAUGAGAUCAAAAAAAGGCUAUUCGUAGGAAACAUGACCAGUUUGCUGCCAAUCAAGGACAGUACAAAAAUCUUUCUGUUCCGGCUUGCCGGUAUCCUUUUGGUGCACACCAUCGUACAAAAUGGACCGAUCGCCGUUUUCCCUAAACUAGCCAAACCAAUUAUUUUGUCAAUACUUGGAAAGGACACUGCAGAAAUAAUGUCACAGUUAAAUAAGCACGACAUCCCAAUGUGUCCGUCCACAGAAAUCCUUUUGAAUUUGAUUCAAGAGCUAGACGAUGCUAAGAGCAAGGCUGCCAUUGAUUUUAUCUUGGAAAAUGGACAGAGGUCUGAAACCUAUUGGCAGGUAAUCAAUGCUUCUCAUUGGCCGUCCACAGAGCCAAUUACAGUUAACAACAAGAAUAUCCUUAUACAGGAGCUAGUAUACAAUGAAACAGUUCGUUCACGCCUCGAUGUUAUUAUGGAGUUCAAAAAAGGUUUGGAAACUCUUGGUUUCUUUCCCUUCAUUUCCAAACACGAGCAUUGUUUUUUCGAGCUGCUUCACAAGAAAAAACAACCGUUUGAGCCUGAGUUCUUCAAGUCAUUAUUGGAAGUUGAUGACCCAAAAAGCCAUGCCGAAAAACAAGCCUUCAAUUGGUUUGAAAUGUUUAUAUCUGAGGGUAUGACACGUCUUAGCAAAGACGACGGAGCAACGAGAAUCGAAGCAUUGCUACAAUUUGCAACAAGUUGGUGCACGCCAGAAAAGUUAGGCAUUGCGGAAAAAAUAAAAGUUGAGUUCUUGCCGGACGACGAUGAGCACACAUUGCCAACGGCAACGGUAUGCCUUCGCAUAAUUCGUUUACCAACCGUGCAUUCAAAACAAGAAAAAUUCGAAGAAGCUUUGACAGUUGCUCUUAAGUAUGCGAGGCAAGGUUUCCCAAUUCCUUAAUGUCUGGGAAAAUUUUGCAAAGAUAAGACUUUUUGUUAUAUCAUUACAAGAACCGAAUAUAAUCAUUUAAUAUUUUGAAGAGUAAAUGAAUUAAAUAAGUACCCCGUUUAAGCAUUCAGCUCUGUCCAAUUCAAAUUUUACCUUUAAUACUAGCAGGCCCUCUGCAAUCUAUAAACUUAACUGAAGAAAAUUACAGCUCUAUAGUGUCAUGUCAGGCUUUUGCAUCAUCAUCAUCCAAAUCCUGCAUAAAAAUAACUUUUUGAUGCAAUUUUAGCUCCAAAAUUCAAAUUUCUCUACGUUCAAAAUAUUAAUUUGUUACCCUCAUUUCACCCAGCCUCCCCAAACAAAAAGGUUGUGUCUCGGACCUUGCUCAUUUGGAAUUUUCUGUGCUGGAUAAUAAUCAUGCUCAAACAGGGGAACUGCAAAACUUAAAUUUACAUCACAAAGGUACUAUUGACUCAUUUUCGUUUAAACAAAAACUUGGUUACGUCUUUGCAACAAAUUUCGACUUAUUCUUUCGAUUUUUAAAAAUUUUCUAAUUCAUAUGUUUAUAUUUUUCCUCGCUUCUAAUUCUAUACUUGUUAAAUGCUGUACUACCUAAAUAUUAUAGCAUCAUAUCAUUAGCACAAAAGUUGUAAAUUAUGAAUACAGCAGCAAUACUUUUUCAGUAGAUAUUUUGAUUCCUACUGUCAUUUACCUGCAUCUUUUUUAGGGGAAAAGUAUGAUGUGAAAACAUAGCAUGCCAAAUUUGCAAGUGAAACUUUGUUAUAUUAUUAAGAUAUAUUGGGUGAGGACUUUUCAAAGCGAAGUUUGAAGUAAACUUUUCGGCGAUGUUAAAACAAUAGGACACUUUGCUACUUUCUUUGACAAAUAUUACCUAACGAAAGCUCUAGUACAGGGACUUAUCAUCCUUCAGCUUUUCACAAGGUUAAUUGUCAAGUUUUCGGUUUAUCAAUAAAAACUUGGUCAGAUUUUUUUCGCUGGGGGAGGGGGAGGCAGAAACUAUUUUUCAACGAAUCUGUUUAUUUAUCAUGGGCUGUGCCCUCCUCGCCCCCAGCCACUGCAAUCCCCAUUGCAGUCUGUCUAAAGCGGGUCUCCUCUUAGUUCUCUGUUACACCACUGCUUUUUUAGCACUUCCAAUCCAAUAUUUUUGUAUCUAAAUUUAAUAGAACACUUUCCAUUCCUGUAACGACUCUAAAAAUUGUACAAUACAAUUUAUUUAUAAGCAGUUCUGGUGUUUUUGGGUGCUUGAUAGUUUAUAACAAAGAUACAAAUUUUUCAAUUGUUCUUCUCCCAUUUUACAAUAUGUUUCAUGUAGGUGGAAAGAGAUACAAACAUACUCUCCAACAUCAUUAUCAGAAUUUCGUUAUCUAUAAUAGUCAAAUUAAGAUUAUUUAACAGAAAAACAAUUAUAGCUCAUUUAAGGCCUAUUUCUGACAUUUUUUAUUGUUUACAAUCUAAUCAAAAAUAAAACUAUGAAAGGAAAUUGCAGUGAACGGGUUUAAAGCAAGUUUGGGUCUAUCCCGUUAAAAACCCAACUUCGAGAACAAAUAUUUUGUAGAGUCUAACAAACAAAUGUAUUUUUUGUUGUGUAAUCUGCCACAAAUUUUUUCGAUCAAUCAUGGUCUCAACACCGAAGGUGAAGGCUAAUACUCAUUGAAAGUGGGACUGGAAUUCAAAUUUAAUUCCCUACAAAUGAAAUAUUUUCACAAAAACGUGGACAGGGCCGGCGAAACGUAUUUGAAAGUGGA